AGGAAAACUUUUUUUUAUGUCGACACUUUACAUAAAAGAGUGCUGCAGGUCACAAAAGCAUUAUACGGAGCUUCAUUGGAAGUUGACCAAAGGUGCCAGGAUGAAGAUCUUCUUGAUUAUUGUCAUGCUGGUGAUCUUUAUGGUUGUGCGAGUGGCCGGCCCUGGUGGGCGACCAUUUCGGACAACACCAUCACCCACUACAACACCUAAAUUAAAAUGGUACGAAUAUCUCUGGCCUGGGAAUUGGAUGCUUUAUGUCAAACGGGAGCAAGAUUAUCUGAAUCUACAAAAUGCGGAAUUCAUCUGCACUCUAUCGUCAGAUUCUUAUGGGAUGUGUAUAUAUGGGCAUAUUUCUAUUCGCAUUAAUCAUGAUAGAACAGAUUUUUUCAAAUCUUCACGUGAAUGCCUACUAUCCAACAUUGACGCCAACUCAAACGAUUUAGAAAGGCAAUGGACCAACUUUCCCUAUUACGUAAACAAAUGUGCCCCAAAAAAUCGUCUACCUGUCCAAGGUUUCUCGAAUACGGACGAAUUAAAGUUUCAUGUAAUGCCGAGAUCGCACACCUCAAAUUCGAUUGAUUGUACCAUUAUCUCGUUGGGAAUCGGUAAAGAUGUCGAAGCAGAGAAGUCAAUGCGGGUCGCAAUGCCAAAUUGCCAAUUUUGGGGUGCUGAUCCGGUAAAUGACACCAAUGCUGAUAUUUUUCCCGAGGUGGGAAAAUUUUACAACAUUGCUGUCGGCGCAGAAAAUGGCUCAUUCCGAUCGUAUAUUCUAGAAGAUAUUUACCGCUAUCAGGAUGUGAAAUAUAUCGAUAUCGCCACGUUCAUACGUAAUUAUGUGAAAAAAUCAGUUAUCGAUCAAAUUAUGAUCGACAUCGAACAUGCUGAAUAUCCUAUGCUACCUUUUCUACUCCAAACUGGACAACUGGCCAAGGAAAGCAUCGUGAUUUGUCAGAUGAAUAUCGAAGUGCAUCGACCGAAUUCGGAACAACUUCGGCAAUUCUUCAAUUUCUAUAAACAACUUAUGCUUGAAGAACAAUGGACAUUAAUGAGCGCUUCUUCCAUUAUAGGACAUUUACGAUUGUUCAUGUUUAACCAUGGAAACCAAGAGUGCCACGACCGUUAUGUGGGAGACAUUUAUGACAGAUCGCUCGCUAACGAAAGUUAA